AUGUUCCAGCUGUUCGCCACGUUCCGUUCGCCCCGCCCCGCGGCCCAGCUGAGCGCUCACGUUCCACUGGCCCCGCCCACGGGGGCGGGGCCCCACGGGAGGCCGGAGGCGGCGGCGAUGGGCGAGUCGCGGCUCCUGUCCCGGGCCGAGGCGCUGGAGCUCGGGCCCGGCUGGAGACACGCGUGUCACGCCCUGCUCUGCGCGCCCUGCCCCGGGCGGCUCUUCGGGCGCGUCCCGCUGCGCCACGCCGUGCUGAUGCAGAUGCGCUUCGACGGGCGGCUGGGGUUCCCGGGGGGGUUCGUGGACCCCCAGGACGGCUCCCUGGAGGCCGGGCUGAACCGGGAGCUGCGGGAGGAGCUGGGCCCCGGGGCGGCCCCCCUGAGCCUGGCCGAGGGCGACUAUCUCGGGGCGCGCUGCGAGGAGACGCCCCAGCGCCUGGUGGCUCAUUUCUACGCCAAGCGCCUCAGCCUGGAGCAGCUGCGAGCCCUGGAGGCCGGAGCCACGAAGGCCAAGGACCACGGGCUGGAGGUCCUGGGGCUGGUGCGCGUCCCCCUCUACACGCUGCGGGAUGGGGCCGGGGGGCUCCCCACUUUCCUGUCCAACAGCUUCGUGGGCUGCGCCCGGGAGCAGCUUCUCCAGGCGCUGGGGGCCCUGGGGCUGGUGCCCGAGGCCGAGCUCCGCCGGGCCGACGCCGCCUCUGGGAACGGACCCUGACCCUGGGCGGGGGGGGGGGGGGCACACGCAGCCUGUCCCGUGCAGGGCCGGGGCCUGGGGAGAGGGACCCAGGUGUCCGGGGGGGAGGGAAUGACAAGGGGUCCCCCUGUUACUUGCAGGGGGGAAGCUGUGACUGGGGCGGGGGAGGGGUUCAGCAGAGGGCAGGUUCAGCCCCCCCAAAAUAUCCAGGGGGGGGAGCUGUGACUCUUCCCUUCCUGGCAGGAAGGGGUUAAAGAAUAAAGUUACCUCUGUCCCGCCCCCUGCCUUGGUGCCCCCCCCAACUGCCCCCAGGUGUUUUUGGGCCCAACACUAAUAAACCUGGAUGGAAAUGGAACAGGUCGUGUCAGGGGGGGUGUGGGGCAUGGAGGGGCUGUGCGGGAGGAGGGACCCACAGCCUGAGCCCUGCCGCUGCCCCUCACUCCCGACCCGCAGCCCCCGCCCGCCCGGGUGCCCCUCACUCCCGACCCGCAGCCCCCGGCCCUGCCCCGCCUGGUCCUGCCGGUGCCCCUC